UCAUCUUUUUCUGCUACUGAUAACAUGGUUUCAAAUGCACUGGCGGUUGGUGGCAAUAACCCUACUGCUGGUGCGCCCAAGAAAGCGUGUCUGAAGGUAGCCUGCGUCGGUGGUGGACAGCUAGGUCGUAUGAUGGCCUUGGAAGCGCCGCGUUUGAACAUUCAAAUGAGCUUUUUAGACGCCCUGGGAACAGCCUCACCGGCGGCGCAGGUCGUUCCUCAUAGUCGCAUUGUCCAGGGUAGUUUACAAGAUGCCGCCAAGAUCAAUCAGCUCGUACAAGAAACAGUCGAUAUUGACGUGUUGACUGUGGAGAUUGAACACAUCAAUGUUCAAGCCUUGGCGGCUUUAGAAGCUCAAGGUGUCAACGUGCAACCCUCUUCACGAGUAUUGGGCAUCAUUCAGGACAAGUUUGUGCAAAAGUCGCACUUCGAAGCGCACGGUGACAUUCCGUUGCCUCCCUAUGCCGCAACGUACAGCGUCGGGCAAAUUCAAAAAGCUGCAGAUACGCUGGGUCUCCCGCUCAUGCUCAAGUCGCGCAAAGGCGGAUACGACGGACGCGGCAACGCUGUUUUGAAAACGAACGAGAUUGCUGCUAUUGAAGAAGCACUGACGAGUUUAGGUGUACAAGAUACGUCGGCGGAAGAUUUAGACGUUUACGCCGAAGGCUGGGUCGAUUUUAGCAUGGAAAUUGCCGUCAUGGUCGUGCGUUCCAGUGACGGGACCACGACAGCCUCGUAUCCCGCCGUCAACGCCAUUCAGCAGGAUUCCGUGUGUCGAGUUGUUUUGGCGCCAGCACGGAACGUGAGUUUAUCAACCCGACAUGUGUGUGAAGCCCUUGCGGCGCGAGCGAUUGAUUCGCUGGGAGCCGGCGCUAGUGGCAUGUUUGGCGUAGAACUAUUCUUGACCAAAGAUGGGAAAGUGCUGGUAAAUGAAAUAGCUCCGCGACCACACAAUACCGGACAUUAUACGCAGGACGCUUGUGCUGUCUCACAGUUUGAAAAUCACUUGCGAGGUGUUAGUGGUUUACCACUAGGCAGUACAGACAUGGUUGUCGAGGCGGCCGCAAUGGUCAACGUCCUCGGAGCGCACUCCAAUUCCAUGGAAGAAACUAUUCGUUCGUCAGACGCGGCCUUGUCUAUGAAGAAAGCAAGUGUACACUGGUACGGUAAGGAAAGCUGUCGGAAGGGACGGAAAAUGGGACAUAUUAACGUAACGGCCAAUUCGCAUAGUGAACUCGAUGAUGAUCUGGCCGCGUUGUUGGCCAUUGAAGGCGUUCCCGUGUCGCUCUUGCCCGGCGGCUCGCUGAAAUCAACGCCACUUGUAGGCAUCAUCAUGGGAUCUCAGAGCGACUUGCCCACAAUGCAGGCUGCAGCAGACAUAUGCAAAACUUUUUCCAUUCCCUACGAAGUCGAUAUUGUUUCGGCACACCGUACUCCGGAGAAACUCAUGUCUUAUAGUCGCAACGCCGCAGGUCGUGGUUUGCGUGUUAUAAUUGCGGGUGCUGGUGGGGCCGCGCAUUUACCUGGCAUGGUGGCCUCCAUGACAUCCCUGCCUGUCAUCGGCGUCCCUGUUAAAACUUCUACUCUAAGUGGCGUGGAUUCCCUGUAUAGCAUUGUGCAAAUGCCACGGGGCGUUCCCGUCGCGACGGUAGCCAUUGGAAACGCCAUGAACGCUGGACUUCUUGCUGUUCGAAUUUUGUCUACCAGCCGCGUGGAAUUACGGGACAAGAUGAGUGCCUAUCAACGUGAAAUGAAUGACACCGUAGACGGCAUGAGCGCCAAACUACUGGAUCUAGGUAGCGAAGAAUUCUUGGCCCAGCUAGAGAACAAAGACCAGUCAGUUAAUGUAUAA